CGCGUCUGUGGCGCUGCGGGCGGUGAACAUGGCGGGUGUCGCGGACGCCGCCGCCGGAGCUCCGGGAAGCGGCGGGGACGGCAGGCGCGGCGGCGCCCAGGAGCAGCCAGCGCCGCAUGGCGGGAGCUGGGGAGAGGCGAAGGGCAGCUGGGCGAGCGGCGAGACGCGGCCGCCACCCACUGAGCCCGGGCAGCCGCCGCCGCAGCGCACCGAGACGCUGGGCUUCUACGAGAGCGACCGCGGACGGAGGAAGAAGCGGAGCCUCUCGGAUCUAUCGUUGCUGAGGUUCAUCAGUGGUGAGCUAACAAGAGGUUACUUCCUUGAACAUAAUGAAGCAAAGUACACAGAACGGAGAGAGAGAGUAUAUACGUGUAUGCGAAUACCGAGAGAAUUGGAAAAGCUGAUGUUUUUUGGAAUCUUUUUGUGCCUGGAUGCUUUUCUCUAUGUGUUCACCCUGCUUCCUCUGAGAGUUUUUUUGGCAAUGUUCCGGUUCAUCACUCUGCCUUGCUAUGGCUUACGUGAUAGGCGUUUGCUGCAGCCUGCUCAGGUAUGUGACAUUUUCAAAGGAGUUAUAUUGGUCAUCUGCUACUUCAUGAUGCACUAUGUUGACUACUCUAUGAUGUACCAUCUGAUAAGAGGACAGUCUGUCAUAAAGCUAUACAUCAUCUACAACAUGCUAGAGACCAACACAGCUACAAGCAACAACCCUCAAGAGGUCCAGGAAGAGAACCAUGUGCCCAGCUACAGAGGAAGACAAAACCCACCAGUGGCUGAUCGUCUGUUUUCCUCCUUUGGACAAGAUAUUUUGGAUGCUCUUUACUGGACGGCUACAGAACCUAAAGAGAGAAAAAGAGCUCAUAUAGGUGUGAUUCCUCACUUCUUCAUGGCAGUGCUGUAUGUCUUCUUGCAUGCCAUUCUUAUAAUGGUGCAAGCAACUACCCUUAAUGUAGCUUUCAACUCCCACAAUAAGUCACUGCUUACUAUCAUGAUGUCUAAUAAUUUUGUUGAAAUAAAAGGAAGUGUUUUCAAGAAAUUUGAGAAGAACAAUCUUUUUCAAAUGUCAAAUAGUGAUAUAAAGGAAAGAUUCACCAACUAUGUAUUAUUACUAAUAGUGUGUCUAAGAAACAUGGAACAGUUCUCAUGGAAUCCAGAUCACCUUUGGGUGUUGUUGCCAGAUGUUUGCAUGGUGAUUGGAUCAGAAAUUGCAGUAGAUAUUGUGAAACAUGCCUUUAUAACAAAAUUUAAUGACAUCACAGCAGAUGUCUACAGCGAGUACAGGGCAAGCCUUGCUUUUGACCUUGUUAGCAGUCGACAGAAAAAUGCAUACACAGAUUAUAGUGAUUCUGUUUCCAGGAGAAUGGGGUUUAUUCCUCUCCCAUUGGCUGUUUUACUCAUCAGAGUCGUAACAAGCUCAAUAAAAGUCCAGGGUGUCUUGGCUUAUGCCUGCGUUGUGCUCUUCUAUUGUGGAUUAAUAUCGCUCAAAGUGCUUAAUAGCAUUGUGUUACUGGGAAAAUCAUGUCAAUAUGUAAAGGAGGCAAAAAUGGAAGAGAAAUUGUUCAACCCACCCCCAGCUAGCACCCCAGGCAAACCACUCAGUAAACCCCAAGGCAAAUUUAAAUCUACUCAAGGAAUUUCUACAGACGAAAGUUUAUCUACAUCAGUUACCAAUCAGCCUGUACAUCAGAAAGAAAAUACUGCAUCUUUACUUGUGACAAGCAAUUCUGAUCAAUUCCUGACAACUCCUGAUGGAGAAGAAAAAGAUAUAAGCCAAGACAGUUCAGAAUUGAAACAUAGAUCUUCAAAGAAAGAUUUGUUGGAGAUAGACAGGUUUACCAUUUGUGGAAACAGAAUUGACUAGAUUUUAUGGAUAGAUGUUCUAAGGAUACUGAGUGACUGGGGCUGCAGAUGCUACCAGACUAUGGACAGUUGCCAAAAAAGGCACUUAAAUAUUUAUUAAAAAACUUAAAUUAUUAAUGGCAAACAGAUAGUAAUUUCUUUCUGCACGUAACCUGGCUUGGUAGCUGGGUCAGAUCAAGUAACAAAUAUUUAACUUGGCUCUGUGGAAAAUGUGAUGGAUCAUGAGAGCCUCUUGUCAAUUUGACAGUUACAGUAUCCCUUUCCUGGAUAUAGACUGAAAAAAAUCAAAAUCCCAUUUGCGUUGUGACAUUGUGCUUCCAGAACGUAUCACUUUUCUUGAAGGUCUCUCCAGUAUAAGGAUACACCAAGAAAUGUAUGACAGCUCUAACAGGAAGCUUAUCUUUCCAGUCAUGUUAUUUUCAUAAACAGCUGCAAACAGUAUACGUAAAAGCCAAUGCAUAAAGCAGCACUGGCAGAUUAAACAGUAAGUCAAGAUAAUUAUUCUUGUCACCGGAAAAAUCUUUGAAGAUGUAUCUGAACUAAUCAGAAUAAAAUACUAUCUUUAAAUUAAGAGACCUCUACUGCAUAGCAUUUUAUAUAAAUACUAAACCAGUGAGGAAAAUGGAUCACAAAUAUAAAAAAAGAGUGAAGGUUCUGCAUAACUGAGCAAACAGCAUUAUCAUUUUUCUGUUCAAUUAUGGUGUGUUCUGCAAAGCAAACUCCAUAUGUUUUAUAAACGUUAUACAAAGGCUUUUAUAUAAGCUGAGGGUUUUUGUUGCACUUAAGAAAUGUUUCAAAGUGGCAUGUCAUUAUAUGAAGGAAAGGCAGUGUUAAUUUUGCAGCAACUUCUGCUGCUGUUGCACUGGAGCUAUCUGGAAUUAGUACAGAAGAUCUACACUGCCUUUUGGUUUAAACUGUUUGGUAAAAAUGUCAUCUAUAUAUUAACUUGGCUGGAAAAAUGCCAAUAGAUAUAGUUGUAUGGAAAAUCAGACAUGCCCAUUCUAACUGAGGAAUUUUAAGCAAAAUUAAAUAGAUUUGAAUAGCUUUUGUUAUGAAGUACUUAAAUGCAUCUUAAUUUCUGGUGUGGGGGCAGGGUUGGGGGAUAAAAUCUAGAACACAUUUUAUCCUUAAAUUAAGAAAGAAUUACGUUUCGGCUCAACAACUAAGCUAGAGAACAGCAUCCCAAGACAAUCUUUAUCUUGUAAUGAAACAUGCAUACAUUAUUAAAAUGCAACAUUAACAUCUCCUCACAAAUCUUUCAAAGAUUUAAGUAAAUUCCAGUUAAAUUAUAGCGACUGGGAUUUAUUUUGUUUUUUGGAAACUGCAGAUAUUUCAGUACUGGGCAAAUGACAGAAGUGGUCUAAUUUAGAAUUGUCACAGAGUGGAAAAGCCAGAGUUUAAGGGCUGGUUUAUGAAAAGGACGUGGAAGUUCAGAAUAUGUGCUACUUCCUAAAACCUGUAUUACUAUGACAGUGUGGAGAUGAAUGUACAGGAAUGUUAUGAGGCUGAGCAGAAGUUGCAGUGCAAGGUGGGUUUAUCAUACAGGGCAACUUUCUCUGCUUUCAAAGGAGCUGGUUGCUACACUCUCCAUCUUUUGCUCCCACCAACAGCACCCGGAAUAAUGGCCAAAAGCACUGGAGACUAUAAGGGGAGGAUUGUAUGGGGGAAUAAACUAAAAUUCUUUUAUUUUGGAUGUAUUUUAUAUUCAUUGAGCAAUUUAAACAUUAAACUUAAAUUCAGAUUAUCUGUGAAUUUGGUGUAACAAUUUUUUCAGUUAUUUAGCAGUUGCUAAAGGAAGCUUGGAAUUUAUUUUCUUUUCUUCUGUUAAAUGACAGUCUGUACCAAUUUUAUAAGUGCAUCUUGUGUGAAACUCAAUAAAAUUCAAUUUUGUAAUCUUUGUUUAAAAAAGGAAAAGAA